AUGUUCGAAAACUACACAGUGACCGCAUCGCGUCAUCCCUCAUCGCUGCCACUCUCUUGCGACGGCUUGUUCGGACCCGACUGGACUGUACCUCGUACUUCGUCUCCAUGCGAAUCUCAGAUCUCGGUUGCACAACUCUCGCAACAAUUUAGCCAAAUGCGCUACACCUCGGAACCCUUCUUUUACUCUCAAGAACGACCAACGAGAGCCGAACGCGAGGUAGACUCGGCCUUGAGCUCUGGUGAUUACGUGGGUUCACUAUCUCCGUCCAGGAGGCGUGCCCACAGACAACACGGAGUAAGAAUGCUCUGCGACCCGUCUCACCUUCGCAACAUCCAAGACAUGGUGAACAAGAUGGUCCAAUCCGGAGAUCAAUGCGCCAUAUCACCACCUCGGGCUUCCAGUGUCGAGGCAAGCCCGUCUCCCGCGGACGACGAAGGUUACAGCAGUCUCGAUGAGAAUCGACGCACCGGAUCGAUUUCUUCAGUUUCGUCUGCUGGAUCUGGCACAUCUUCGUUGUCGUUCAGACGUUCGGUGGAUUCUAUUACCGGUGCCUGUGUGUCGAAAAACGUUCGCGUGAAGAAGGCUCGCAGUUCGCGCGGUUUCUCCAGACAGGCAUGA